AUGGCACGUGCACAGGAUAUGGGGCAAGUAGUACAAAUUUCCACAGAUAAUUUACGUACGUACAAAUUGCCAAAAAUACAGCUGCCAAAGUUUAGCGGAGAUCUUAAAGAAUGGUUACAGUUUUGGAGCCUGUUUAAGCACAUUCAUGAGGAUACGAGCAUUACAAAGGAAGAUAAAUUUCAAUACUUAAUUCAAGCGAUGGUAAAGGACUCUCGAGCAAGUUUGCUAGUCAACAGUUUUCCACUGACAGCAGCAAAUUAUGAGAAGGUCAUCUCGAGCUUGGAAUCACGUUUCGGCAGAGAUGAUUUGUUAGUCGAAGUCUAUGUUCGAGAAAUGCUCAAAUUAGUAUUGAAUCAAUCUAUAAAGUCAAAUCAUCUUUCUUUGUCUAACAUUUAUGACAAGCUUGAAACGCAAUUACGAGCUCUAGAGUCGCUUGGAGUUACAACAGACAUGUGUGCUGCGAUGCUAUAUCCGUUGGUGGAAUCGUCUUUACCAGAAGAUCUCCUGCGUGUUUGGCAACGGAAUUCCAAAGCUGUCGGUUCUACCACAUCAAAACAACGGCUAGACGAACUGAUGUCUUUCCUUAACACGGAAGUAAUGAGCGAAGAGAGAAUCGCCAUGGCUAUGAAUGGUUUUGGCAUAAACGAAACAAAUCAAGACAAGUUUAAGAAAAAAAUAAGGUCAGAACCAAAAGAGAUUGCUACGGCUGCUGGACUUCUUUCUACUAAGGAAGACAAACCACUUUCUUGUAUAUUUUGCGGACAAGAACAUGACAGUGCUUCAUGCGAAAAAGCUAAGAAAAUAUCAUAUGAAGAAAGAUGCAAAAUCGUCAAAGAGAAAAAUGCCUGUUUUUACUGUACAAGAGUAGGUCACAGUUUUAGACACUGUCGAUAUAGAGGAAAAUGUGCAUGGUGCAGCAGGAGACAUGUAUUAAUCAUGUGUCGUAAUACAAUGUUUAACGAUUCAGUAAAAAACAAUGCAGAAAAAUCUAUUAAAACGCAGGAACAAGCUAUUCUUGCUAAUAUUUCACUUACAAAAGAAGUAUUUUUAUAG